AUUGGAUCUUGUUCAUUAAAAUUUUGUGAUUAAUGCUCUUAUAACAGUCAUAUUUUGUUUUAGAGAGCUGCUGCUACGUAUUUAAUAUAAACCUUACAUUACAAUACAAACAUUCUUUUCCCUGUAGCAUGCAAUUAUGGAUUCUAAAUACUCGGCUAUUAUGGGUCAAAAUGGAGAAAACCAGAAUAAAAAUCACUGCUUAAAACGAAAAAAAUCUAUGAUAGAUAAUCUCAAAAUAAAAAAGACUAAGUAUUCUAAUGGAGGCUGUGUAUUUGAGAACAAUAAUAUCAAAAAAGAAAAUGGCACUGAAAAACUUGCUCCGAAGGUUGAAGUUAAUAAACAGAGUAUACUAGAUGCCAGAAAACAACUGCCUGUUUAUAUGGUUAAAGCAAGAUUGUUGGAAGAAGUUAAGAAAAAUGAUACAAUGAUUUUAAUUGGAGAAACUGGUAGUGGAAAGACUACUCAAGUUCCUCAGCUAAUUCAUGAAAUGCGACUAGAAGGGGGUGGGGUUAUAGCUGUUACCCAACCUCGUAGGGUUGCUGCCAUUACCAUAGCUCUUCGAGUUGCUAAUGAAAUGAAUACGGAAGUAGGCAGUAUUGUUGGCUACUCUGUGCGCUUUGAAGAUGUCACAAGUCACAGAACAAAACUAAAGUAUUUAACUGACGGUAUGUUGUUAAGAGAAGCUAUUGUAGAUCCUUUGUUAAAGAAGUAUUCUUUUGUUAUCCUUGAUGAAGCUCAUGAGCGAACUGUUAACACUGAUGUUUUGUUUGGCAUUGUGAAAUUGGCCCAAAAGGAAAGGAGUAAUCAAAAACUACAUCCACUAAAGGUUAUCAUUAUGUCUGCCACAAUGGAUGUGGAUUCCUUUAGAAAAUAUUUUAAUAAUUGUCCAGUUAUCUAUUUGGAAGGAAGGUCUUAUCCUGUCACAAUUUAUCAUUCAAAAAUGAAGCAGGAAGAUUAUCAAUAUGCUGCUCUUUGUACUAUAUUUCAACUUCAUACUACAACUCCUCCAAACCAUGACUUUCUUGUAUUUUUGACGGGCCAAGAAGAAAUUGAGACCAUUAUGCACAGCAUCAAACAAAUAGCAAAAGAAACUCCAGGGCCAUCAAUAAGAGUUUGUCCAUUGUAUGCAGGCCUGCCUCCAGCAAAGCAAUUGCAAGUAUGGAGAGAUACCCCACCAAAUACAAGAAAAAUUGUUUUGGCUACUAAUAUAGCUGAAGCGUCGGUGACCAUACCUGGCAUUAAAUGUGUUAUUGAUGCAGGAGUUGUUAAGGAAAGGACUUGGUGCACGCGCACCGGCGCAGAGAGGCUGCGCGUUCGCGCGUGCGCGCAGGCGGCGGGCUGGCAGCGCGCCGGCCGCGCGGGCCGCACCGCCGCCGGCGCCGCCUACCGCCUCUACACCGCCGCCGAGUUCAACGCCCGCCCGCAGCAUAACACGCCGGAAAUUAUACGAUGCCCUUUAGCGCCGACAAUGUUGUUGUUGAUUGCAGCGGGGAUGGACCCAAGUACAUUCCCGUUGAUUGACGCACCACCCGAGGAUUCCAUCAAGGCAUCCUUGGCUCUGUUGAAGGAAUUAGGGGCUAUUGAUAAUGAAAUAAAUCCCAAGUUAACGGUUCUGGGGAAGAAAAUGUCCGCAUUUCCUAUAGACCCCAAAUAUUCUAAGGUGCUCCUAUCCGCGCCCGAGUACGGUUGCUUAGAAGAGGCAUUAAGUUUAGUGGCUGUGUUGUCAAGUGAGAAUGUGUUCCACACACCGAUGCAUAAAAGAGAAGAAGCAUUGAAAGUAAAGCAGAAAUUUAUAUCUCCAAUCGGUGAUCACAUCACUCUCUUGAAUGUGUUUAAAGCGUUCUGCAAGGCUCCUUUGAAAAAGCAAUGGUGUAAGGAAAAUUACCUCAAUCACAAGAAUUUAACGUACGCCUACGAUGUACGCCAGCAGUUGCUUUCUGUCUGCCAGAGGUUAAAUCUGACGGUCUCGAGUUGUGGAACAGCGAUGGAUCAGUUGCUGAAGUGUCUCCUAAGCGGGCUGUUCACGAACUGCGCGUGGGCACGCGGGGCCGGCGCCGGGGGCGGCGGGGGGCGCUACGUCACGAGCGCGGGGGCCGCGGCCGCGCUGCACCCGGCCGGGGCGCUGCACGCCGCGCGCCCGCCGCCGCCCGCCGUGCUCUACACGGAGAUGCUGCGCACGCGCCGCGCCUACCUGCUCACGCGCGGGGGCCGCGGCCGCGCUGCACCCGGCCGGGGCGCUGCACGCCGCGCGCCCGCCGCCGCCCGCCGUGCUCUACACGGAGAUGCUGCGCACGCGCCGCGCCUACCUGCUCACGGUACAGUAGUGGUGCGGUGUCCGCUGACGUCACACGUCACACGUCACGAGCGCGGGGGCCGCGGCCGCGCUGCACCCGGCCGGGGCGCUGCACGCCGCGCGCCCGCCGCCGCCCGCCGUGCUCUACACGGAGAUGCUGCGCACGCGCCGCGCCUACCUGCUCACGGUACAGUAGUGGUGCGGUGUCCGCUGACGUCACACGUCACACGUCACGAGCGCGGGGGCCGCGGCCGCGCUGCACCCGGCCGGGGCGCUGCACGCCGCGCGCCCGCCGCCGCCCGCCGUGCUCUACACGGAGAUGCUGCGCACGCGCCGCGCCUACCUGCUCACGGUACAGUAGUGGUGCGGUGUCUGCUGACGUCACACGUCACACGUCACGAGCGCGGGGGCCGCGGCCGCGCUGCACCCGGCCGGGGCGCUGCACGCCGCGCGCCCGCCGCCGCCCGCCGUGCUCUACACGGAGAUGCUGCGCACGCGCCGCGCCUACCUGCUCACGGUACAGUAGUGGUGCGGUGUCUGCUGACGUCACACGUCACACGUCACGAGCGCGGGGGCCGCGGCCGCGCUGCACCCGGCCGGGGCGCUGCACGCCGCGCGCCCGCCGCCGCCCGCCGUGCUCUACACGGAGAUGCUGCGCACGCGCCGCGCCUACCUGCUCACGGUACAGUAGUGGUGCGGUGUCUGCUGACGUCACACGUCACACGUCACGAGCGCGGGGGCCGCGGCCGCGCUGCACCCGGCCGGGGCGCUGCACGCCGCGCGCCCGCCGCCGCCCGCCGUGCUCUACACGGAGAUGCUGCGCACGCGCCGCGCCUACCUGCUCACGGUACAGUAGUGGUGCGGUGUCUGCUGACGUCACACGUCACACGUCACGAGCGCGGGGGCCGCGGCCGCGCUGCACCCGGCCGGGGCGCUGCACGCCGCGCGCCCGCCGCCGCCCGCCGUGCUCUACACGGAGAUGCUGCGCACGCGCCGCGCCUACCUGCUCACGGUACAGUAGUGGUGCGCGCGGGGGCCGCGGCCGCGCUGCACCCGGCCGGGGCGCUGCACGCCGCGCGCCCGCCGCCGCCCGCCGUGCUCUACACGGAGAUGCUGCGCACGCGCCGCGCCUACCUGCUCACGGUACAGUAG